AUGCGACGAGACCGACCCGGCCCACAGAAGUUGCGAGAGCUGAGUCGUGCGGUAGUGGACUACGUGCGGACUCACAAGGUGGAUGAUUUCUGUACUAACGAGGGCCUGGAUAUCUUUUUGGAGGCCUCCUCCUCUGACUGGGGCGACAAUGUAGUUGUGCAUGUCACCAACAAGCUAUCUACCUCUGUCAAGAAUGGCACAAGCAUCCACUUCCACGGUAUCCGCCAGAACUACACGAACCCAUCGAAUGGUGUUGUCUCCAUCACGCAGUGCCCGACAGCUCAGAAAAGCACCAUCACGUACAAGUGGAGAGUGAUUCAGUACUGCUCAACCUGGUAUCAUUCUCGCAUUGGCCUCCAGGCCUGGCGGGGUGUGUUCGGUACCAUCAAGAUCAAUGGCCCUGCUAGUGCCAAUUAUAAUGAAGACAAAGGCUUCGUUGUGCUCAAUGACUGGGAUAUCAUUACAGUGGACGAGCUAUUUGAUAGCGCACAAACCAGAGGGCCGCCCGCACUGGACAAUGGCUUGAUCAACAAAAUGAAUGUUCCCGGGACCGUUGGCUAUGCCAACCAGACGGGCAGUAGAUGGAAUACCCCUUUCACAGAAGGGACUUCCUAUCGAUUCCGCCUGGUCAAUGCAGCCAUCGACACACAUUUUAAGUUCAUGAUCGAUAACCAUACUAUGACGGUUAUCGCCAGCGACCUUGUCCCCAUAGAGCCGUACAAUACUACUGUGCUCGACAUCGCAAUGGGACAACCCUACGACAUCAUUGUUCGCGCUGACAAGGCUUCUGUCGCCAAGGACUUCUGGCUCCGCGCCAUCCCUCAGGAAGCCUGCUCCGAGAACCAGAGCGUCAACAGCAUCAAAAGAAUCGUGUACUACGGCCCUUCUCCGUCAAGGCCGACCACCAGCCCAUACUCCUACACCGACGCAUGCAAUGAUGAAGACAUGUCCAAUCUUGUCCCGAUCGUCAACCCCUACACAAUCACUUCCAACCUACUCUACAACAAGCCUGAGCCCCACUCCAUGCACGUCACCUGGGAAGACCCGACCUUGCUAGAAAUAUACCGGAACCACACCUCCUUCACCAACACAAGUGGUGUGGUCCAGCUGCCUCGCACAGACGAAUGGGCCUUCGUCAUCAUCGAGGCCACCCUCUCUGUCCCCCACCCCAUCCAUCUCCACGGACACGACUUCGUCGUCCUUUCGCAGGGAAGCGGGACCUACACCGCAGGCGAUAUCACGACCAUCAACCCUCCUCGACGCGAUACCGCCAAGCUCUCGGCAAAUGGGCACUUGGUCAUCGGGUUCGUAACUGAUAAACCCGGGGUGUGGUUGAUGCACUGUCAUAGCGGUUGGCAUACGGAGGAAGGCUUUGCCAUGCAGGUCGUAGAACAGUACUCGUAG